AUAAGAAGAAUAACAUCUUACUCAAAUUAAUUAUUAACAAAAUUUAUUUCAAUGACUUAAGUAGAACGAAAAGUUGAGAAAGUGCUUAGAGUGAAAUUAUCAUAGUAGCUUGGUAAUUCAAAUUCUCUACAAAAUAAUCAAGUUUAAAAAGAUUCUGUAAAACUAAUAUUUAAUAUCCCAGUUAACAUUACCCAGAAAAAGGCUCGCUAUGUUUUGCCACAAAAUAAAUUGCUUACAGAAGCAGUUGAAGACUUUGAUAAUGUUGAAUCAAAUAAAUUAAUUUAAAAAUAAGACUAAUCCUACUAAAAAUGCGAUUUUGACAAAGAAAAAAAUAUUAAAAUCUUCAAAAGAAAAGUCAGAAAAACUAGUAAAACUGACAAUAGUGUAGCUGAAUAAUUUUCUUUGAAUUGUGAAUAUAAAAAUUAAACUAACUUAAAGGCAAGAGGAAGUCAUUCUAAAGAAUAAUAUUUGCUGCCAUCUACAGAUGAAUCUAAUUAUGCUUCUUCUCAAAAAAAAAGAGAACCGAACUAAAAAAUAUUAUCUCUCAGAAGCCUAAAUAAUAAAAUAAUCCCUUUAUAUAGAGGAUUAGAGGAUAUAGUUUCAGAAAACGAUUAAGGUUUUUCACCAUAAAAAUCACUAAGUAGCUAUUCUAUCCUAUAGCAAAAAAUAGAAACAAAAGCUUUAGAGAGAAAUUAAUCUUAAGAUAUAAAUAGCUCACACUAAAAGCAUUAUUUAUUUAAAAAAUUAAAAAAAAGCUGUAUAAAUAAAAUACUUAGCAAACAGAGAGCAGCAUUUUCUGAGUCACAUAUACUCAAGGAUUAAAAUGAUCUAAACACACUAGAAAUUAAUAGAUUAAGUCCUUAGAGGCCAAACGAAAAUGAGGCAAGUAUUUAAGAUUAUGUGUUUUUUAGAGAAGGAAAAAUUCUUUAAUAAAUUGAAAAAUUUCAAAACCAAAUAAUGAAAUAAGACAAUAAAGAACCUUAAAAAAUUCUUUAAUCAUAGUCAAUUGUUUAAUAAUCUUAAGGAUCAGUGCUCGAAAAAAACGAUAUCAAUCAAGAUCAUCAAACCAAUAAUAUUUAAAAAAGUACAAAUGAAUCAACCGAUUCGCUCAGAAGUCAUUUAAAAAUAUGUAGGAUUCAAGGAAAUGCACUAAGAGAGAAAAGAUUAUCUAUAUUAUAAGACUAUAAAAGUGUUGACUUUAAAGAUUAUACUACUUCAUCUUCUUCUUCAUCUUCUGCUUCUUCUCUUUGCUCUCUUAAAAAUAUAGUGCAAAAUAGAGCAGGUUCCAGUCCAAUUAAAAAUCUAUAUAAUAUAUCACCAGAGAAAAAAUCUGUAAAAUCCAUAAAUAAUAAAAUUAAUCCAUAAACCUAUUAACAUAAUGCAGCUGCUGAUAUUUAAAAUUAAAUCAACAAACCCUUGAAAUAAAUAGAUAAAAUAAGUCAGAAUAUCUGCUAAGAGGCACCUAAAAAUAUAAAUUAAAUCAAGCAUUAAAAAGGCGACUUUAACAUUAAAUACUUUCUUUAACCUUAAAAAAAAUUGUUAAGAAAUUUUAACACGAACAAGAGUCCAUCAAAUAACAUUUCUAAUGAAUUUAAUAGUAAAAAGAUACAAUCUAAUCAGAAGUUAUUAAAUAAUUAAGACAGUAAUUAUGAUAUAAAAAAUGUCUUUCAAUAGAAUUGA